AUGUCGUUCCCGUGGAUAGAAGGCAGUUGGUUGCAUGUGCUGGACUCGGUGAAUCCGGUCAGAAGUUUGUUUGUAUGUGUGGAUACAACAACAGGCAACAGGACAGUUAUUGCCUCUACAAAUAUGGCAAUUAUUGGCGUAGUCCCACUUUAUCCCGCCCCAUUAGCAACGUUGGGACCACCAAUGCUACCGCUACCAUACGCAUUCCACGACCCCUGCCUGCCGCCUCCACCCAUGCCCGAAGUUUCAGAUGUGCAGGGCGCCCCAUUAGCAACGUUGUCAAGACCACAAGUGCCACCGCCACCAUACUCGCUCCACGACCCCUGCCUGCCGCCUCCACCCAUGCCCGAAGUUUCAGAUGUGCAGGGCGCCCCAUUAGCAACGUUGUCAAGACCACAAGUGCCACCGCCACCAUACUCGCUCCACGACCCCUGCCUGACGCCUCCACCCAUGCCCGAAGUUUCAGAUGUGCAGGGCGCCCCAUUAGCAACGUUGUCGAGACUACGAGUGCCGCCGCCACCAUAUUCGCUCCAAGAGCCCUGGUCGCCUCUGUAUCUGCCGCCUCCACCCAUGCCCGAAGUUUCAGAUGUGCAGCGCGCCCCAUUAGCAACGUUGUUGAGACCACAAGUGCCGCCGCCACCAUACGCAUCCCACGACCCCUGCCUGCCGCCUCCACCCAUGCCCGAAAUUGCAGAUAUGCAGGCUGAAUCAGAAACGUUGUCGAGACCACAAGUGCCACCGCCACCAUAUUCGCUCUACGAGUCCUGGUAG